GUGUUCAGGUGCGUCGCUCCCUCCGGAUCCUCCGCUGUUCCACCCGCUGCUCGAACCCGCUGUUCCACUGACCCGCUGGUCCACCCACCCGGUGCCGGUACCGAGACCCGGGGACAGAACCGGAAGCUCGGAUCAAGGAUCAGACUUCACACCGGAGGAUUAUUUCACUUUGAGGGGGACACCUGUCUCACCUCUAUUCUCACCUGUCUCUGCUCACCUGUCUCUCCUCUCUCACCUGUCUCACCCGAUUCACCUGUCUCACUUGUCUUCUCUCACCUGUAAUCUCUCCUGUCUUCUCUCCUGUCUUCUCACCUGUCUCACCUGUCUCUCCUCUCUCAUCUGUCUCACCUGUCUCUUCAGUUCACCUGUCUCUCCUGUCUUCUCACCUGUCUCACCUGUCUCAUCUAUGGCGGAUCAGCCGUAACAAACUUUUAAAAAAGCACGAACCUAGAACGAGCGGAACCAGCGGACUGUGACGUCAUGGAUUUCCUGGACUCGGGACAGAAGUUCAGUCCGACCCGGCAGGACAUCGACUGGGACACGACUCACCAGUUCCUUCCGGCCGCCGACAACAAGCAUCUGGAGAAGAAACCCGGACGCAGGAGGACGCUGUGGGUCGGACUCGGCCUCGUGAUCGCAGCCGCCGCCAUGUCCCUGGUGACCGGCCUGCUGGUGUGGCACUUCCACUUACGAAGCGACGUCCGAAUGAAGCGAGUCUACAUCGGCUCCAUGGGGAUCCGGGACCAGAACUUCCUGCCGGAGUACGAAGAUCCCGACAGUCCACAGUUCUCUAGCCUGGCCACUCUAGUCAGCCAACAGCUGAAGCUGAUUUAUUCUAAAAACUCGGUUCUGACCAAAUACUUCCAAGGUUCCUCGGUCCAGGCCUUCAGUGAGGGCGACAGCGGCAGCGACAGCCUGGUGGCGUACUACGAGUCUGAGUUCGAUAUCCCCGUCCCCCAGGAGGCGUCGCUGGACGAGGCCAUCAAGUCCCUGGAGCCGACGGCAGGAAGUCGGCACGGACGGAUUCUCCUGAAACCCGUCGACGCUCUGAGCGUCAACAGCGUCUCCUCACGAGCCAUCGAUCCACGUAUGUCCAGGUCGUCGUUACUUGAGAGGAAGUCCUACAACAUCCAUGUGAGCAAGGGGGGGGUCCUCCGGUCUCCAGGGUUCCCGGACUCCUCCUACCCCCCCAACGUGUACCUGCAGUGGCGUCUCCGGGCCGACCCCGGCCACCGGGUCCAGCUGGACUUCCACACGCUGAUCCUGGAGGACGACUGUCAGCAGGACUUCAUCAAGAUCUACGACUCGCUGGCGCCGAUCGAACAUCGCUCGCUGACAGAACAGUGUGGUUACCCUCACGGCUCUCUCUCCUUCCUGUCCUCUGGAAACGUCAUGCUGCUGACGCUGGUCACCAACGAGGAGAAGAACUUCCCCGGCUUCAGAGCAAACUUCUCCCAGAUUCCUCUGACGGCACAAAAAUGUGGAGGAACCCUGAGCGGAGACAAAGGCUCCAUCUCUUCACCUUUCUUCCCCUCAAACUAUCCUCCCAAAACCUCCUGUGUCUGGAACAUUGAGGUCCCGGUGGAGAAGUUUGUGAAGGUUCAGUUCAGCAAGUUCCUCCUGGGAAAUCAAAGCGACCAGUGUCCUGACGAUUAUGUUAAAGUCGACGAUAAAAGGUUGUGCGGCAGGAAGUUAAAAAACACAGUCAUCACCAGCCAGAGCAACACGAUGACCAUCAAGUUCAACUCGGACUCGUCCUACGUGGAUCAGGGUUUCACUGCCGAGUACGAAGCCUUCGUCCCGAACAAUCCUUGUCCGGGGAGAUUCCAGUGCACCAACAACCUGUGCAUCAACAAGACGCUGCAGUGCGACGGCUGGAACGACUGCGGAGACGCCAGCGACGAGGACAACUGUGUGUGCGAUGCGGCUCAGAUGAAGUGUAACAACGGACGCUGUAAACCCCGGUUCUGGGAAUGUGACGGCACGGACGACUGUGGCGACCGGACGGAUGAAGAAAACUGUGAAAAGUGUAAAGCAGGAGAGUUUUCCUGCAGAAACGGAAACUGCGUCCCAGAGAAGUUAAAGUGCAACGGAGAAGACGAUUGUUCCGACGGAUCGGACGAGUCCAAAUGUGAAAAAUCCCUGGUACUGCAGCAGUGUUCAGCGUUCACCUUCCGCUGCAAGAACGGACGCUGCAUCAGCAAACUGAACCCGGAGUGUGACGAGGAGCAGGACUGUGAGGACGGAUCGGACGAGGACAACUGUCAGUGCGGGACCAGGCCGUACAGGAGCUCGCGCAUCGUAGGAGGUCAGAUGUCGCGGGAGGGGGAGUGGCCGUGGCAGGUCAGCCUCCACAUCAAGGGCAAAGGUCACGUGUGCGGCGCCUCCGUGUUGAAUCAGCGCUGGCUGCUGACCGCCGCUCACUGCGUCCAGGACGCCGGAUCAAACCUGUACUCUCAGCCUGACCAAUGGGAGGCCAUGCUGGGUCUGCACGUGCAGAGUCAGACCAAUGAGUGGACCGUGAGGAGGAACAUAAAGAGGAUCAUCGCCCACGCCGACUAUAACUACAUGACCUACAACAACGACAUCGCCCUGAUGGAGCUGAGCGAGGACGUCACCCUCAACCAGAACAUCUGGCCCAUCUGCCUCCCCUCCAUCACCCACGACUUCCCAGGAGGCCAAGUGGCGUGGAUCACCGGCUGGGGCGCCACCAGAGAGGGAGGUUCGGUUGCGAUGAUCCUGCAGAAGGCCGAGGUUCGGAUCAUCAACGGCACCGUGUGUAAGAACCUGAUGAUCGACGAGAUCUCGGACGGGAUGCUGUGUGCCGGAGUCCUCAAAGGGGGCGUGGACGCCUGCCAGGGCGACUCCGGGGGUCCGCUGUCCGUCACGGGCCCCAGUGGGCGGGUCUUCCUGGCCGGAGUGGUGAGCUGGGGCGACGGCUGCGCUCGCAGGAACAAACCUGGCGUCUACACCCGAAUCACCAAAUACCGUGGCUGGAUAAAGGAGAAGAGCGGCGUGUAGCCGCCGAGCUGCAGACGGGCUCAGGUGCUCUCCGGCUGCAGGUGAAUGUUCACUCUGAUGGUUUUUAUUCUUCUGGUUUCAAAUAUAUGAACUGUUAAAUGAUUCAUAUUCACAACAGAAGAAAAAAACAUCAUUCAGUGAAACGACUAACAUGUGCGACCAUGUUGUAAACCAGGGAGGUUUCAGGUGAAUGUUUUGUUAUGAAUUUAUGUUUCGUGUUUUUUUUUUUUUGAUUGAUGGAACAUUUGUCUGUUCCUUUUGAAACUCACUGUUUGUAAAUAAUGAUUUUAGCAUAAUUACUUCCUUUUACACUUUAGUGUCAGAAUUCUUAUAAAUUGUGAGAAUCCCACCAAUGGAUUUGGAUGAUUCAUCACAUUCCAAAUUAUUCUUAAACUUUUAAAUCAUGCUAAAUAAUCAAUUAAUGUAAUGAAAUUGUUUAAUGAAACCUCAGUGAAGGGGGGGGGAUCGUCCUGGGUCUCUGAUGAUUCACACAACGGAGAUUAAAUACCAGAUUUCAUCCAAAGUUUUUACAUAAUAUCGAUAAUCAGGAGCAAAAAAGUUAAAACAUAUUUAAAUUACUACUUUAAUGUUCUCUUAAAAACUCUCUUUAUUGUUUUCUAUGAUAAAGAUGCUGAUUCUUCACAGCAAAAAAAAAGUUAAAAAAUAUAUUUUUUAAAUCUAUUAGAUAGAAUUUGUAUUAAUCGAUAUUUACUAGAUAGGAAUGUGAAUCCAACGUGAUUCCCUUAAGUGUUUUUAUUGUUGUUAUCCAAAAACUUUUCUAUUUUUUUAACCUUUGAGCUGAAAAGCCUUGAAGCAGCUUGUUUUCAUUACAGUUGUUGUUUAUGUCCGUGUGUUUUUGCAGUGACAUAUUUCUGCUGAUUGUAUUUAUUUGUACAUUGUUGUAAAACAGCUGGUUUCACAUCUGUCUUUGCUUUUAUGGCGUGAAACACGACGUGUGGGCUGCGGAAUUAUGAGCAGUUUAAAAACAGGAUUAAAGAAUUGGAUUUGUUUUCUCAGGGUGUUCAUUUCUCUGCAGUGGCAUGUACUCACCAGCAGAGGGAGCUCUCGUGUGACUCUUUAUUCUUUGGGCCUGAUUAAGUUGUAGUUUAAUUUUGUUGGAAUUAGAAAUCAUUAAUUCAAAUUCAAGAUUUAACAGAUAGACGUAGGUGAAGUAAAUCCAAUGAAUCUUGAGUCACAAAUACUUGUAUGAAGGUUAAUUUAUACAAAGUUCAUGUUAUUUUUUUAUGGAAUUUAACGUUUCACAUUUUUUGGGAUUAACUGACAAAAC